AUGAGGACCUCAUUCGCUCUUCUGGCAUUGGCGAACACCUUCGCAUCUACUUCUUCGGCUAUUCCUCUUCAACGCGGCAGUGAACAAUGCCAAGACGACAUCGACCGCAGUGACUUUGUGCGCAGUCGUUACUGCUAUUCUCUCAUUUCCGGAAGCGACCAAGAUUUCUGCGAGAGAUUUGAGAGAACGCCGCAGGAGAACCGCCGUCAUGUAGGCGGAUGCUCACCCGUGCGGAUUGAGGAAGUUUGCAAGUACUUGCCCAAGUCGGUUUCUUCAGCAGCAUCUACUGCCGGCACCGGGUCGGGGGCAUAUACGUUCAGUGCCUCUACUGUUACUUCCGCUUCAUCUGGUAGCGCUCCAAGCUUUCCAUUUUCGGCAAGCCAUGGCACAUACACAGUGCAAGGCAGCUCCUCAGCUCAGGCUUCUCAAGGCGUUUAUGAUGCUUCCGCAUCAACAAUUCUCCUUCCUUCGACUGCAGUGGUCUCAUCGAUAUCUUCGCCUCUUCGCGCUUCCCAGCAGCAGUCUAGCAGCCCAUCGCUGAGUGGCUCAUCAAAUGGCAUCCCGCUCGCUAUCUCCAAUGCAAAGGCUGGCAGCACUAACAUAGUUGUUCCUGGAGUAGCGUCAACUGCAGUUGUUCCUUCGCUAUCAACUUCUACUGCCUAUUACACGACUACAAUGACCGUUUCCGAAGUUGGGCUACCUGUAUCAACAAAGACAGUGACGCUCACAGAGCUUUUUACGGUGAUUCCGCCAGGUACUUUCACUGAGAUUUCUCCGGCACCGGCUUCGCCAUCAGUCACAUUGGUAGAAGUCACUGUUUCCGCUGGCACCACUUAUUAUGAAACUGUUUAUUUGAUGGCGACAUCGGAAACUGGUGUCAGGUCUUCCUCGGCAGCUUCGUCGUUGGCUAGUACCAUUUCAACUGUAUUUGGUUCCUCCACACCAG